UUCUUUCUAGUGGUGAAGAAAAGGCAUAAAGAAAAAGUUGAUUCAAAUGCCAUCACCAUCUUCAAGCAGUUAAUUCUCUUCGAAGUCAACAAGAAAGGAGAUGCACAGUUGUAUUGUAAGCCUCACUUUAAGGUACAAUCAAUGUAUUUUUCCCUCCUUCUUCAGUUAGAAAGAAAAUGUCAAAGUUUCGGUCAGAAGACAGUGAAUUUACCUCUGUUCAGGGAGGUCUCUAUUUUCUCACUUGUAGUGUUACUAUUUUCUGUUGCAUUUACGAUUUUCUGGGUUGCUACUACAGCAAUCAUAUUCAUGGAUAGGCCAAGAUAUUCUUUGGCCGGUGUAUAUCUCGCUGAGAGGCUUAAUACUGUUAUGAGGAUGAACUGGAAAAGCUUCUCUAGUCAAAACUAUUUUGAUCCAAAUGGAUUAUUCAUGUCAGUUCUUUGGUCGGGUCCCCUUCUUGUCAUUGCUAUGAUAAUUCUGGCGAGUUUGAAUGGUUCUGGAGCUGUGACUUCAUCAGUUCCCAGUUCAUCAGCUUUCUUUGGAAGCAACUUGAAGAAGGUUCGUCAAGAAUCUCCAGCAGCAGCAAGGUUUCCACCGGAAGCUUCAAGAUUGUGGCGAUCGAUGAGGACAAGAAGAUAAGGACAGAUGGAAAGGGUUGGCCUAUGAUAUCUCAAAUGACCAGCAAGAUAUCACAAGAGGGAAGGGUAUUUUGUAGUUUUUAAUGUGUAUUUUGUAGUUUUUAAAGGAAGUAGAUAAUGUAAUAGUUGUUGGAAUUGUAAUGCAUGUAUUACAAAUUCAUGGGUAACUGUUCUCACUUUGACUUUUUGUUAGAGCUUGUCAUGUGAUCAACCACUAUAUUUAGUGUA